AUGGAGGAUGACGUUCCCGCGGACGCGGGAGGAGAUGACGUGCACGGCCUGGAGGUGUUGCCUCCGUUGCGGUAUCCCUUGCGAGAAGCCCUGCUCUCCUUGAACGACUCGGUGCAUGGGCUGCCCUCCGUCCGGACGGCCUGCGCCGAGUCGGCGCAGUUGGCCUCACCAGGGCCUUACAAGGUGGGUAGUACCGAGAAGAGCCGCGCCUUGAAGAAGUUGGGCCGACUGAAGCGCCGCGGGGAGCACCUGGGCCGCGGCUAUGCGGAGGAGCGACCGCUGUUGACGCCGCGGCCGCCGGCGGACGAGGAGCGACCCAAGUCGGUGCCCAAGACGGUGCCCUCAGCGGUGAGCCGGCAGAGGCUGGAGAUGAUCCGCUCCACACAGCACACAGCAGUGGAGACCUGGGAGCUGCACGCCUCGCAGAGCGCACCGGAGCUGCUGGCCAUCACCGGGUUUUUGUGCACACAUGUGCACACAUGGUUCGAGUUGCAGAGGAUUCUAGGUAGGGCGGGCCCAAGCAUGUUGGUCAACUUGGUGUGA